GAAACUAAAUAGAGAGGGAGGAGGUCCCACUUUUCGCCGAGUAUUACAUGGAGAGAAAGUGAGAGAUUUCACUUUAAGUCUCCAAACAGCUCCCCUUCGAAGGCGCGGCGGUUUGCUGUCGGGAUCGCGACAAACAGAAAGCGAACAGAGCUGCCCUGUGUCGAGAUCAAGGAGAGAUUCAGGGGAAGUUUUCAGAGGAAAGGGGACUGCGCCGGACACUAGCGAGCGGAGGUCUGCUGUUGGGACGCACAGGGAGAGAGCGGGGGAAACAGAGACGGCUCUGUUGUGCGGAUUUUAAUGAAAUACAGCAGCUGUCGGACACACGCCUGCAACCUCUACCUACCCCGAGUUAGAUGCGUUUGACUUUAAGAUGCGGAGCGACCCCAUACUGUUCGCCUCGAGGGCGAUGGAGGAGUUGUUGGCAGAGUUGCGGGUCUUUCUGGAGUUGUUGGACAGAGAGUAUUUAACUGCUGGAGUGAGAGAGAAGAAACAGCAAAUAUUAAACAUCCUGCACAGAGUACUAGCAAGUAGAGAGCCCUCAUGUAAGACAGAGAUACACACCUCUCUCCCGGCUCCUCCUCAGAUGCCCCUACCAGAGAUUCCUCACCCCUGGAUGCCUCCAGACAAUGGGCCUCCUCCUUUGCCAAGCUCCUCUCUUCCUGAAGGAUAUUAUGAGGAAGCCGUUCCGCUGGGUCCUGGGAAAGCACCAGAGUACAUUACCUCUAAUUAUGACUCUGAUGCCAUGAGCAGUUCGUAUGAGUCAUACGAUGAGGAAGAGGAGGAUGGGAAGGGGCAGAAGAUGCGUCAUCAGUGGCCAUCUGAGGAGGCCUCCAUGGACCUGGUGAAAGACGCACGUAUCUGUGCGUUCCUGUUGCGAAAGAAACGCUUUGGACAAUGGACCAAACUGCUCUGUGUCAUAAAGGACAACAAACUGUUGUGCUACAAGUCCUCCAAAGACCAGACUCCACAGAUGGAGCUCCUCCUGUCUGGCUGCAGUAUCACACACAUUCCCAAAGACGGCAAGAAAAAGAAGCAUGAACUGAAGAUCGUCCAUCAGGGAGCUGAUGCUUUGGUGCUUGCCGUACAGAGCAAAGAACAGGCCGAAGAGUGGCUAAAGGUGAUGAAGGAAGUCUGCUCUAAUGGAAAUGGAGUGAUGGACUGUGAUGGAGCUGGCUCUGGUUCCCCUGUUCACAAAGCAGAGCUGGAGAAGAAGCUGUCCUGCGAUCGUCCCAGUUCAGAUGGAGAGCCUUGUCAUGAAAAUGGCAUCUCAGAUGGCAAAGAUCCAUCCAAAGGCAAGAAGAACUCUAAAUCAGAGCAGAAAGGCACCGUGGGACGUGUGACUGGAAAGAAAAUCACUAAAAUCAUAAGCCUGGGCAAGAAAAAACCAUCUACAGAUGAACAAACCUCAUCGGCAGAGGAGGAUGUCCCCACGUGUGGCUAUCUGAACGUGCUGUCCAAUAACCGCUGGAGAGAGCGCUGGUGCCAGCUAAAAGACAACCAGCUGUUGCUGCACAAGGACCGGGCAGAUCUGAAGACACACAUGGCCUCUCUGCCGCUGCGGGGGUGUGAGGUCAUUCCAGGGCUGGACUCCAAACAUCCCUUUGCCUUCCGUCUGCUGCGCAAUGGACAGGAGGUGGCUGUUCUGGAGGCCGCCUCCUCUGAGAGUAUGGGAAGGUGGUUGGGGGUCUUGCUAGCCGAAACGGGCUCAACAACAGAUCCUGCUGCACUGCACUACGAUUACAUUGAUGUCGAAACCACUGCUAAUGUCAUUCAGCUGGCCAAGCAGUCGUUUUGUUUCACCAGUAAGCGUGCAGUUUCUCCAAACCCAUACCUGGAUAACCCAGUCAAUGGUUACGCCUGUCCCACAGGGGUCGCUCUGCAUUAUGAUGAUGUGCCCUGCAUCAAUGGAUCGGUACCAGAUGCGCACUACUCCUCCCCAGCUUCAGGGGACCGUCGUUGGAAUGAAGACUCUCAUUAUGAGAAUACAGAUCUUUAUGAAAACAUGCCCUCCCCCAAACUAGCAGCCCGCUACUCUCCCAAAUCCAUCCGCUCGCAGUCAUCUUCCACAGGGCAUUACAACACACCGCUCUCCACCAAAUCUCUGUCCUCUUCCUUCUCUCCCUCAGCUGCUAAUACUAACACUAACCAGCUCAAGGGAAAGAAAGGCCUGAUCACCAAUGGGUUCGCUGCAAAGCAGAAGUUGGACAAGAACCAGGCCAAAAAGGCCAAUGGAAUCAGCAGCACUGUUCCAGUGAAACGCAACAACUCUAGUGCGGAUCAGUAUAAGUACGGGAAAAACAGAGUGGAGGCAGAUGCAAAGAAACUCCAAGCGAAAGAGGACGAGCUGAUGAAGAGGAAGCAGGAGAUUCGAAACCGCCUGACCCAGCUGAAGAAAGACAGGAAGGACCUCCGCACUGCUAUAGAGAACAACACAGGUAAGCGCUCACAGGCAUCUUUGACAGAGAGACUUAAGAAAGUGGAGGAUGAAUGCAAAUCAAAAGAGGAAGAACGAGUCAAUCUGGAACUGGAGCUGACGGAGGUGAAGGAGAGUCUGAAGAAAGCCUUGAAUGGAGGCGUCACCCUGGGCCUGACCAUUGAACCCAAAACGGGCAGCUCCAGCCCACAGUCUCCAGUGCUAAUGAGGCGAACAGUGGACAACUCACCCAUUUCCAGCUGUGACACCAGUGACACUGAGACCUGCUCUCUACCAGUCAACAGUGCAUCUCUGUUGCGGCGUCAGACACAACAGAAAGCCUCACCUGUGCGAGGACACGUCCUCAGGAAAGCCAAGGAAUGGGAGAUGAAGUCUGGCACAUAAGUUCUUUUCCGCCAACUUUUCAUUUUUCGCUAUAUCUAUUUAUUUAAUUUUCUCCAUGUAUGAGUGUUGUUGAAAUUUAAUUGACUGAACCAUAGACACAAUAUUUUCCAGAAUUGAUUCUGGAAGACUUUGGCUGAGUCCGGUGCCCGGUGCUGAAUAUCAUUAUAGCACUAUCCCUGGAUCAUGAUCUGACUAAAGUGACUUACUAAUGAGGAUAUCUCAAGGAAUUUGUCAAAUAGAGGCCAACAGUAAUGUCACAAAACCAAAUUUAUAUACACUACCAUUCAAUAAUUUGGGGUCAGUAUAAUUUUUAGGGGGGAAUUGAUACUUUUGUUUAGCAAGGAUGCAUGAAAUUGAUCUAAAGUGACAGCAAAUUAAUGUUGUUCUUUUGAGCUUUGUUCAUUCCACCCCAGAAUGAACAUUUUGUCAUUAAUCACUUACCCCACGUCGUUCCAA